GGUUUCCAACAGUCUUCCAGCCUCGGGAAGAAAGCGAGCGCUUCAGCGUAGAGCAUCCCGACACUCAAAAUGGCCAGCAGAAACUGUGCUGGUUUGGCUGUUUCGGCUGCCGCUUCUUCCAGCCGGCAGUCGGCGCUCCUGCACACCCGGGCCCUCUCGACCACCGCGCCUUCCAGCUCGCAAUGCGCUCCAGUGACAAGUAGAUGCAAGAGCCGCUGCAGCAGCCAUUGCAACGAAAAAAGCAGUCAUUGGAGUGGGGCUGGGUUAACCGUUGGCUCUUACUCGCGAGCACGUCAGGUGCAUUCUUCGACUGCUGUGCUCGCCCCUCCCAAAGCUGCGUCGCCAAGCGCACCAGCUGGCUCUCUUCCCCCUUUCGCGCGGCGACACCCGCAGCUCUAUGCUGCCAUCCAGCCACCACCCAAUGCUGCAUUAGCUGCUCUGGCAGCGAGGCUGCGGCUGAUCGGUCCGUCAUCCAGUAAAGAAGAGCAAGAAAGACGGAUACGACUUGUGGCUCAGGCUUGCACGCAUCCAUCAUUUGCUCAAGUAUUGCAACGAGCAAGGGAUGCCCAGCGGAAGCUUGAACGACCAGGCGCAGAGUCUAGCGUGGCCAUCGAGUCUGACGUGCAGCACAAUGCUCAGCUAGAGGCGCUUGGAAAUUCGCUCUUGGGCUUGCUGGGCUCGGAGGCGUUGCAUCUCAAGUAUCCACAUCUUCCAACGCGGGUGCUCAAGGCAGCCUUGUCCGCGUAUGUGGGCUCAAACACGACUGCAGAUGUGGGGGGCGAGCUCGGCCUUGCAGCGCCAGGGAUGAUCCGAUGGGACCGAGGGGAAGAAGGCGAGCAGAUGCCAAGAAAGACAUCGCCAUCGAAGCCAGCCGAAGAAGGUCGAUCCUCCCCCGUUGUGUCGUCGAAGGACGCACGGAGUUCGUCUGUCAAGGCGCUGAUCGGCUUGAUCUAUCAAGAAAAUGGCAUCGACGCAGUGAAGGAUCUUCUGCACACGCGCUUUCUGUCACGCACAGUCGACCUUGCUGGCAUGCUAAAGUUCGAAGAUCCAAAGCGCGUGCUUUCGAAUACGUGUCUCAAAUACGGCAGAGAGCGACCACAAUCAAGAAUGAUCGCAGAGACGGGUAGGCUCUCGAAUACCCCGCUCUUUGUCAUCGGUGUCUACAGUGGGGAGCUCAAGCUGGGUGAAGGCUUCGGAAGCAGCAUUCGAAUGGCGGAAUUCAGGGCGGCAGAGGAUGCGCUGCGACGCUUGUACCUUGCUCAGGCACCUUUCGACCCGCAGAACUUGCCGUCAUCGACGCUUCAAGCUUCUUCCGCCCCAUGGGAAAGUCCUGCCGUGGGUACAAAGCCUUAUUCUGCUCCACCAUUAGGGGCAAGCGAGGUGUUGCACGGAUCACGAGUGUAAUUUGCACUUUUGGGAGCAUAUAAUAUUGAUACAACAUGCUGC